AGUCAAUUCCAUCAGACACCUUGCUCUCCUCUUCUCCCAUGGACCCUACUACUUCUGUUGAGCCUGACUCUCCUGCCUCACCUGACUUACCUCCACCUAGGAUAACUUUCCUUACUUCUUUUUCUAUUAAUGUUGAGCCAUCAUCUUUUCAUCAAGGUAGUAAGGAUGACAGAUGGUUUGAAGUUAUGAAACUUGAAAUUGAGGCAUUAGAACAGAAUAACACUUGGCCUGUAGUUGACUUACAUGUUGGUAAAACACCCAUUGGAUACAAAUGGGUGUAUAAAAUAAAGUACAAUGCAGAUGGAACUAUAAAAAAAUUCAAGGCCAGACUAGUUGCUAAAGGCUUUACACAACAGGAAGGAUUAGAUUUUCAUGAUACAUUCUCUACUGUUGCUAAGCUGACUACUAUGAGGGAUGUUAUUGCCACUGCUGCUCUCAAGCACUGGCCUAUAUUUCAGAUGGAU